UAUAAAAAAAAAAAUAAUAUAUAUAAAAAAUAGUAAAAAGAAGUAAAAUUUGUUUAAAAGCGCGUUUUGCUAACAAAAAGUGCGUUUUAUACUUUUGUUCGCUUAAAAACCGAACAAAAAGGGUGGUGGUGUGUUGUGGUGGCAGUAGUUGUAAUUUUUAAAAAUUUUAAAGUGUCACUAUUUAAGAUAAAAACUAAACGAAGAGUUAAACCAAUGCAUUUAGGUUUUAAACGACAAAAAAUAAGAAAAUUCUCGCACAGUAAAAAAUGUCUUUACCCCGAGAAUGGAAUCUACAGGAUUCACGGGGAUCACUAUACUGCCCGAGUGAACCGGACCCAACUAGUGGAGUCCAGUACCAGUCGGGAGGGUUCGUUCGCACACCCACUUCAAUACCGGAAGUGGCCAGCUCCCAACCUGCCGCCCCAUCCAUCCUCACCGAAUGCCAACAAUCCGGUUCACUAUUUUCCAUUCAUUCAGCACCACCGGUGCCCAACACUGAAUUCACCACACAACCAGACAGUAGUUUCCAAUCAUUUGCUUGCAAUGGAAUCUCAACCUUAUCCAACAUCGGUCUCAAUGCUGGCGGCGCAAAUGGCGAAGAAUUCCGUAGCAACAACAAUAGCCAUCAGGCCUUGCAUGGAUCACAAGCAACAUGUAAUUCAGCAGCAGCAACACUUGAAACAACACCUCGCCGACCCGCAACACUUGCCAUUGAGGCAACAUGUUAUCCCGCACGAACAUUACAUUCCAGCUUGUUGGAACACCAAAUUUCUGAAAUUGAAGAAGACGACAACGAAAACUUGUUGACUGUUUCAUCCAUCACGGCUAGGCCAUUGAUAGCUAAAUCGCAUGAGUUGCGAUCAAAUCGACUAGCUGGCAAAAGGCACAAGUAUAACGGCAGCAGCAAUAAGACGACCAAUGGCGGUGGUGGCAAUAAUAAAGUUGUUCGUAUAGCAACAACUCAUCAUAAGGACACCAAAGAUGGCGGCACAUCGUCUAGGUCAUCAAUAUCUGCCGAUCCGCCAGAUGGUGGCUAUGGUUGGUUUAUUGUUUUUGGAGCUUUUUCGGUUCAAUUUUGGGUAGCUGGAUUGGUCAAGUCAUAUGGAGUGCUUUAUGUUGAAAUAAUGGAAACCUUUCCCAGUACCACGGCAACGGUUGCCUCGUGGAUACCGGCCAUCUUGUCUGCAUUAUGCUUAGCUUUGGCACCACUUUCCAGUGCACUGUGUCAGAAAUUCUCUUGCCGAUCAGUUGUAUUUGCUGGUGGAGUAUUUUGUGCAUUGGGCAUGACGCUUAGCUAUUUUGCCACUAGUCUUGUUCAUUUGUUAUUUACGUUUGGCAUCCUAACAGGUAUCGGAGGAGGUCUCUCCACUACACCUGGCAUAGUUAUAGUUUCACAGUAUUUUGAUAAACAUCGGGCACUUGCUAAUGGUAUUUGUGUAUCGGGAACAGCAGCUGGAAGUUUCAUACUUCCUGUAUUAAUUAAACAUUUGGCCGAUAAAUUUGGCUUCCAUGGAACUAUACUUAUUUUGGGUGGUUGUAUGCUUCACGUUUGUGUUUCGGCUACACUCUAUAAACCUCUUGAGGAAAGUUCACAUCUGGAUUCGAAAAAUAUCGAAUGUUCUCAGCCAUUAACCGAUAUUAAUCCUAGCAAUACUGGCCUCCUAACAAAUUCUACAUAUUUGGAUUCAUGCGAUGAAACAGCAUCGAAUAAGAAAUUUAUUGAACAUUUAUUUUUGGAAGAGUCAAAGAAUCGUAGAAACGAUUAUUAUAAUACAGAUAAAUGUGUUAAUAAUAACGACAAAAGCCACAAUGACAGUGAUGACGAAUACAAGGAUACAAUUGGUGAGACAACAUUCAUGAAACCCAUGAAAAGUGUGCGCAGCUCAGGAAUUCUACACUCUGUUGAAGAUUUGAGUACCGACUCAACUUGGGUAUAUCGCAAACAUUCCGGUAGCGAUUCGAAUCGCGGCAGUCGUCGUCGUCGCAAUGUCUUUGCAAACGAUGAAAUUAUAUCAAAAAUUCAAGCGCAUUUAGAAAAACCCAUCUCACCACCACCGACUUCAGCUAAUCGUGGUCUCAGCAAAAGCAUGGAAAUUCCAACACCUGUUAGUAAUUUGGCUGAAUUGAAAAAUCAAAAAAUCGAAGUAGAAGACGAUUAUGAAGAUGAUGAUCCACCACGAACUUGCUGUGAUCGUAUUCAAACUUAUUUGGACAUAAGUCUCCUUCGGGAUCCGACAUUUAUUUUAAUGUGUCUAUCUGUAACAUUGAUGUCGGUCGGUUGUCCUUAUAUGUUGUAUUAUUUGCCAGCACAUGUUAUCUCAAUUGGUUAUAGUAAAAGUGAAGCUGGAUAUUUGGUGGCCAUGAGUGCAGCCUUAGAUCUUAUUGGUCGUUUAGGCUUAGGCUGGUUAUCUGACUUGCAACUAUUUGAUCGUAAAAAAACCUACAUUGUUUGUAUUCUAGGUGCAGGCAUAGCCGUUCUAACCAUUCCAUCGGUACAUUCAUUCUAUCUACUUGGAUCAUCGGCAGCUGUUUAUGGUUUGUGUCUUGGCUGUUGGUAUGUCUUAAUGCCCGUACUAUUAGCUGAUAUAUUUGGCACGGAUCGUAUAAGUUCUAGUUACGGUUUGGUAAGAAUGUUCCAGAGUAUUGGAGCAAUAUCGGUGCCUCCAUUGGCUGGAUUUUUACGUGAUUUAUCAGGCAGUUAUGAUAUUUGUUUUUAUUGCAUGGGUGCGUGUAUGAUAAUGGGAUGUGUUCCAUUGCUAGUUUGGGCUGUGCUCGAUUGUCAACAAAGUAAAAGAUUAAUUUCAAUUAAAAAUGACGAUAGCGAAGAUAAUUUUACUGUGUCAUAAAAAAAGAUCAAAUCGAUCAAAGAGAGAUUUUCAAAAAAAAGAAGUAAAAUUAUUGUUUUGUAGAUCCAAAAAGAUUUUUUAUUGAUUUGAUGAAAAUUAAAUAGAAGCGUUCAGUAAGUCGUUUUUUGAUAGAAAAUUAAAUAUAUUCAUAGUUCAAGAUAUAUGCCUUCAUUUUCUCUUUAUUGUCCAUGUAUCUGGAAAAUAAUAAUUAACAAGAUUCAAGACCUACAAUAUCUUAGAAACAUGCAAGAAACCAUAAGGAUAACAGCAGGCUAUAUGUAUAUGUCACCGUUAAUGAUUUGAAGUCAGUGGUCUUAGGAGAUAUUCGGAAAAAAGAUAGUUCUGGAAGGAAAACUCAUUAAAAUAGAAAUUGUAAUUUAAUCUAGGAAUUAUUUAGAUGUGCCAUAUAACCCUAAGGCAUAGGGGGCCAUAUUACCGAAAUAUUCUCUUGUUUAACCUCGUUUACUUUAACACAACAUGUUCAAUAAACAAAAUUGGAAUAAUUGCAAAAUUUGAAACUACAGUCGACUGCCUCUAAGUCGAACUUUCACGAGACAAGAAAAUUUAGUUCGAGAUAGAGGGAAAUUCGAUUUAAAGGGGGUCGACAGUACUUAAAAAAUAUUGGUAAUAGUCUAAGGAUAUAGUGAAGCGAUCUGAACCUUGUUAGACAUUUUUGCUAUUUUUAUGCCCUAAUUUCACAUAAUAUGUAGGUAGUUAAAAGUUUCAAAAUUAUUUCCAACCCAGUCGUGCAUUUAAUUUAUAAAUUAAUCUCUUUAGUUGUUAGUUACAAAUUAUUAUUUCACCUAUAUGCACGCAUAUUUUUGAUAAUGGAAAUUUGAAAAAUUUUCUAAAAUAGUGUCUGUAAUAGAAAACACUUGUGUUCACUAUGGUGUAUACGUACUUUUUUACUAGGUAAUAUUAUGUUUUAUUUUCAGUUUAAUUUUGCUAAAACCUAGCAUGUGGUUCAACGUGGAACUGUAUACAUAGUUAAAUAAUAUGCAACAUAUCCAUAGAUGUGAGCUUAGUGAAACAAGUUGUACACUGAGAAAAAAGACCACUUAAAAGACAAACGGAUACCACAUUAAAUUAAGCGGAUAUCGGCAUGUUUUUUUUUUUUGCCAAUAUGAAGUCUGUCUUAAAUUGAGCAGAAAAACCUUCUUUAUUUGUUGAAUGCGCACAUUUAAAAAAAAAAAACACUUUAUUUAAAUGGAAAAUCAUCUUAUUUUUAUGUGAAAACAUUUUAUUCAAAAAAAAAACAAACUCUACCUACACUGUACAUUUUAGGGAAAUUUGUAUAAAUUCGUGUACAUAAAAAACUAUUGCCUAUGGCCUGGCUGAAGUUAUUAAGAUGGAGAAUCCAAAAAAAAAAAAUAAAAAGACAACAAAUUCAGUUUUGUUUGUUUUUAAUGGAUUAUGUGAACUUAAUUCAAUGUAAAAGUAUUUAGGACCUUUAUUCCAAAUGUAUUUCAUAUAUUGUACCUGGGGCAUG